AUGUCAGAGGUAUCAUUUACAAAGAGUUUCCUAGCUUCUCUGGACUCAAAACCAAUCAGAGUCCCAGCCGAUACCGUAUAUGACCCUCGAACAUUCGCCCCUCGUUUCCCGAUCAUCCUUCCGCGCUUAACUGAUCCUCCUCACCCGCCUAUGCCCAAGAAAGUUAAGACAGCAUCACCGCCAGGCUCAUCCAAAGGAAUAACCGUCCAUUUAAAGUCCGCUCGGAACCCUGUGCUAGAUAUCAAGCUUCCAAAUGUGGCUCUUGCUACUGCCACAGUCCAGGAACUUAAGGAUGCUGUCCACCAGAAAAUACGACCGAGCAAUGCAACAGAUCCCGACCAAAGGGUGCCAUUAGACAAGAUAAAGCUAUUGUGGAAACGCAAGCCAGUUCAAGGAACAUCUGAGGAUACAGAAAUGAAGGACCUUGAUCCAAAGGAAGUAGGAGAGUUACCGCAGGGUGAUCAAUCCUUGCGUUCUGAGUUCGCGAACUUGUAUGAUGCCGACAAUUUCUGGGAGGAUAUGACGAAUUUUAUACAAGACAAGAUACCGAACCCAGAUCAUGCCCCGGCUAUGAUCUCUAUUUUCAAAGCUGGGUUGAAGGACUACUUGAAGUAG